AUGGUGUACCUCAACCCAGGCGGAUUCGACUUCGGAUCGGAGAAUCUGGACGGCUAUGGCAUUUCCAACAUCGUCUUCAUCGUCAUAUACUCGCUCUUCUUCUACUCCGCAUGCUUCUUCACCUGGAUGUACCGCAAGCAUCCCGUUCUCCGAAUGCGCAACGUUCCCCUCAUGCUCUUGUCCCUGCUCACCAUGCAUGUCUUCACCUUUGCCGUCAUGAUCGUCUACACAAUGAACGGUGCCUUCCCGUGCCAGGUCGAGUACUGGUGCAUGUGCUUGUACUUGCCCAUCGGCAUCGGCUUGUACCAGGCCUACAACCAGCAAUUGCUCAUCGUCAGUCGUGGCCAGGCGGCGUUGAUCACAAAGGAUGAGCUGUUCAAGCCGAUAUUUCCAAAGGGAAAGGGAUUUGGCGGUCCCAAGUAUUGGGCUUUUCGCUUCAAGGUUUGGUGGCAGGGAGUCAGCUCAAAGGGGAAAUACGAGGGGUUCGUGUUGAUUGGCAUCGUCAUCCAGUUCACCGUGUCUUUCAUCAUCUAUAACAUCUCGCGCAAAUUCAACCACUACGGCAUUGUCGACCAUCAUACAUCUCCAGGCUUAUGUCGGCGAGGGUGGGAAUGGGUUCCAACCGUAGUAUGGCAAUUUGCGUGGAAUUAUAUUUUCGGUCCGUAUCUGCUCUGGAAUAUUCGCAUGAUCAAAGACAUCUACCAUUGGCGGCUACAAACCACGCUUGCCAUAAUCGCUGGGCUUCCUGGAGCUCCCAUAUGGCUGGCAGCUGUAUACAGCGACAAAUUCGCGCCAGUCAACAAAUACUGGCUCCCUGCAAUGUGGUCCGUGACCCUCCAACCGCAUGAGAAGCAGCCAUGA